CUGCAUAGGGUAUCGAGUGCAAGUUCAACACAACACGAAGCGUCGCCUGAACUGUUGUACAAAAGUUUGCUAAAUUUCUCAAUACUAUUAUUGCUCACGGUUAAACCUUUAGAAGUCUAUUGUCAAGGAUUCCAAGCGAUGAUCAGCGUCUUUUUGUGUUUAGGAGACAAGUGGUACACUGCAAAAGGCAGAUGACAGACCCUCAGAGGGCCGUGAUUCCAAAUCAUCAUCACCCUGCAGAUAGUGAUGCCUCAGGUGCAUAUGAAUGGUGGACGUCCUUCAGCUCAUCGGAAAACAAGUAAGCAACCCUCAACUUCUAAUUCACCAAAGAACAUUGCUGCAAAAACUAGCUAUGGCGUAAAGACAAAAGCUCACCCCAUCAAAGAAGACGUAAAGAUUUACGAUGAUGACAGUGACCUAGAGCUGACACCUUACAUCGUGAGGAAAGAUCGGCUUGUGCAAGAGAUUGAAAGUACUUUAGCUGAGAUGGAUGAUCAAAUUUCUAGCUCCGCAAAGCUUCAGGAGCAGAGAAUCCAUGUAGAAGAGGAAAGAAAUUCUCUUCUGAAAGAGAUAGAGGGGACAGUCACAGAAAUACAAAAUCAUGUCUUGAAUGCUCGGGAGCUUGAAAUCGAGAAAAAAGCUAUUGAAUCAGAAUGCAGUGGACUAAAAAACCAGGUUCAGGAUCUGCGGAAGCUUCUAGGGAAAACGACCCCCAUGGAAAAUGGCCUGGAUCACAUUAGCUUCACGAAUGGUGAGGACUCUUUACAGUAUGAUCUAGACCAAGCUAACUUUCGAUGUCAGAGCCUGGAAAAGGAAGUUCAGAAAUUGAGGCUUUCCAAUGAGAAGCUGUGGUUGCAAAGUAAAACAAGCAAGGGUAAUAGCAAAGAUAGUUUACAGAAACUACAACAAGACAAUACGGAACUAGAGAAGUUAUUACAACUUGCAGAGGAGUCUGAGGAUAACAUAGCGCGUGAGCUAGCGACAUGCCAUCAGAGCAUGGCCGAGAUGAAGGAGAAAGAGGACCAGCUGCAGCAAGCAGUGGAGAAGACGGAGGUAGCCCUUGCACAGAGUGAGCUGGCAAGAGUAGAACUAGAAAAACAGGUCAAGAAGCUGCUGGUUCAAGUAUCAGAGGGCACCAAUAGCAAGACAAGCAUCACUGUAGUGGAAUCUUCCCAACUGGAGGCUGCAAAUCGAGACUCGGAAGCUCUGUCGCUUGCUCUAAGCGAGAGUGAGGCCUAUUGCAAAGAGUUAGAACUCCAUAACAAAACCAAGCAGGAGCGAAUAGAGAAGCUUGAGAAAGAAGUAGCCUCACUCAAGAUGCAGGCCGAGCUAGAUGCCAAGGAAAUAAAGGAGGUUGGCUCAAAGAGCUCAACUAACCAAGGUCUUAAGCCUGCUUUAGAAAAACUAAACAAAGAGAAUGCAUCGCUUCAGGAAGCUUUGGAAAAUGCAGAGAAGGAGCUGGGUGCCUUAAAGGUUUGUUUGGAAGAGGAACGGAGCAGUAAAAACACACCAGAAGAGACUGGGGACAACGAGGCUAAAACUAAUGAAACACCUAAAGCAGAGAAAGCAAAAAAGAGUGUGUUUGGGAAAGGAACUCUCACCAAGAAGAGUAAAAAGAAAGCAGUCAAAGAAAUUGAGAAAGACGAAGAACUUAAGGAUGUCGAAAGUUUAAAAAAGGACAGAGAAGAUUUGAAAAAUGAAUGUCUGGCGUUAUCUGAAACGGUGACUAAAAUUGCUAAUGAAAAGCGGGAAAUGGAAAAAGAGAUCGAGAAACUUGAAGAGGAGAACAAGAAACUUGUCUCUGAGAUUAAUGAUUUUAAAGUAAACAUCCAGAAACUUGAAAGUUUGAAAGGUGAAAAAGAAGAGUUGGACAAUGCCCACUCAAAAAUUAUCGAAAUGUAUAGCGACGCUUCUGACAGACUAGAAUCGGUAACACAGAAGCAUGCAAACGCUACAAAGCAAUUACAGUCUCUCACAGAGGAGAAAAAAACACUGCAAAACUCUUGCAAAGAGUUGAAAGAAUCACUAUCGUUAGCAAAGAAAGAACUAGAUUCUGCUAAAAAGGAAUCAGCUGCAAGAAGUAACGAGGUUAACCUGUUGAGGAAAAAACACGAGGAUGAGAAAAGACGGUUAAUAGGAUUGAAAGACGGUGGUGACAAAGAACUGAAUAGGUUAAAAGAAGAGCUCACCCAAGUUUCAAAGAAAGUGUCUAGUGCUGUGUCCGAAAUGUCUGACACACCAGAUAACGUCUCCAACCAGGUAGAAAAGGUAGUCAAUGAGCUAAAGAGUUUGAAAAAGAAGCACGAAGAAUUGGAAAAUUCAUCUAAAGGCGCAGAGAGGCGUUCAAAAGAAGCUGAGAAACGCAUAGAGAACUUGGAACAGGAGUGUGCCUCAGCGAAUGACAUGGCGAUGGAGAAAUCAGUCGAGCUCUCGCGUUUAAAGAGGACCAUUGAGAAAAAGAUUGAUAAAUUGACCAAGGAAAACUCUGAGCUGAGACGCAAACUUGGGGAAAUGACCCCAAAGAACCCAGCAUCUCCUCUCAAUGCUUCCCCUGUUGUGCCCGAGAAACUGCAAUCAUUGGAAAUGGAACCUCUAAGAGUGCCUUCUCCUAGAGAUGUUUCUCUUUAUAGAGGGCAAGCAAGCCCCAAGGAGAGGAAAUAUUCAGAACCACAGACGUCUGAACCUCAUCUCCCCGGAGAUAUGAGGGCAAGAGACAGGUGGGAUAUAAGCCCCAAGGAAAGGAAAUAUUCAGAACCACGGACAUCUGAACCGCAUUUCUCAGGGGACAUAAUUAGGAGGGAACAAGUGAGCCCAAAGGAUAGGAAUUAUUUAGAGCAACAGCCCCCAAGGGACAUGAGCAUGAGAUACCAGGAGAAGAAUAGGCCCAAGGAGAGGGGACAUUCAGAGUCACAGGCCUCAGAUCAACCAUCACAGAAAUCUGAAAAUAACCGCCAACCACCACCCUACAACAUGGCUAAACGUAAAUCACUGGAUGAUGUGCUGUUACGGAGCAGACAAGACCAACGUGUGGCUCCACCUUAUAAGGAAAUGGGUGUAGCAUCGCCACCUAGUAGUUGCCCUACUCGACCCCAGAGUGGGUCAAGGGUUGUGGUGGUUGCCGGGUCUGUACCCCAUUAUCAGGUGGGGGCGGUAGUAGUGAACAGAGAAGAAGGGUAUUACUCCCUGCCCCGGGACAGGCGGCGCAGCUGGGGUGAGAAAAAGGUGAUGACACAGCAUGGGGCAGACUAUGAUAGGUUUAAAGGCAUUGUAGUCAAGAAAAUCAUGAGCAAUAGAUUUGAUGUACAAGUUUUGCAGUUACUGCUUCCACAUUAGGCAUCAUUCAGAAACAAAUCUUCGGCAGCAUAGAGACCAUGACCCAAACUCUGUAUUCCAGGUAGUUGGAUACGAUAAACCAGAACCAAAGGUACUUGAGCAUUAUGUAUAACUACUGUCACCAUAUAAAAGUUUCUAGCAAGAUUAGUGCUGUAUAGAGACAAACUAGUUAACUAAAAGGAAACAGUACUGUGCUUUUAUAUCCAGAUUUUAUACAAUUUAUUGUAGCUGUUACUUUUAGUUGUGUUAGUCAUUGAACAUAUUUUUCCUUAAAGAGCCGUUGUCAGCCACACCUUUGUUACUGUUCUCAGUCAAUAUGAGUAUAUUAGUAAUAUAAGACAAGUCAUGACAAGAAAUCUAAAAAUAAUAACCUAAAAAUUAAAUCUUAUGCUUAAUUGACCAAAUUCACAACAGCUUCUCUAAAUCAGCCGAUGGAAAUAGGUGCUUUUUCACACUUGGUACUUUGCUGGGGUGGGCUGACAGAGGAUCUUUAAAUAAAUAUGUGUAGCACAAAGCCUAAAAAUCUGUGCAUAGAAUUUUACUUAUAUAUUUAUAAAAACAAAAUUAUCUUAUGAUCUGAUCACAAGUCACUGUUUUAAAGAAACAAGUUUGUAGUAUUUUUUUUUUACAUUCUUAUGGGAGAAGUAGAAGUGUUGUUAGAGUUUUUAGAGUCUUUAAUGGGAAUAAAUUUAACAAUGCAGCCAGUAAAACCGUGACUGUCGUUCGGCAAGUUCGGCCACCUGACAUCUUGCUUGUAAUAAAAAUUCCACAGGACUUUGUUCAUGGUUUUACUGGGUGGAUGGAAUAUUUUUUAUAAUGUAAAUAAACAAAAGGCUGUUAACAAUUAUUGUAGAUCUCUGUAGAUCUGUAGAUUUUUUACACACCUUUUAACUGUGCUCCAUUUUUGCAAAUCAUGGGUUACCAUUUUAUAAUAAAUUGAUAUUGAUUGCAAUAAAUCAUAGACUUAUAGUCUUGCUGUUCAUUA